GAGGAGAGAAAGGGCGUGCUUAGAAACGGGGUGGUGUGUGUGAGAGGGCAACAUUGGGAGGGGAGGUAGAGGGCGGCGGAUGGAAGUGGGCUUUGGACAAAAGUGUUUUUGCAAAGAGGAAGAAGAAAGGAGCGAAGACAAAGCUUUUAUUCAAUUUGACUUUGUUUUAAAUCUGUUUCUGCCCAUGAUGUGGUUCGGCUUAGUGAUGCUGCUCCUCGGUCUCCCACAAACAGAGCCAGCUGCAGAUCAACAGCAAACAGAUGAUCGGUACAGUGUGACCUCACAGGCUCGUGAAGAGUCAACUGGAGGGGAAGGUCAUCCUCACAGAGUUCAGAGGUCGUCCCCAGGCCAGUCCAUGAUAAGCAGGGCAGUCUUGGGUGGAGGACUAACCAUUGACACUCUGCCAGACAACAUGACACGCGUAGUGGAGGAUUCUGGCAAAUAUUACACAUGGCGUAACUUUGGCCCUGAGGACCAGCGCACACAGGAACUAUGGGUAGACAUGAGUGACGUACGGCACGGCCAAGUUAGAGUCCAUGGGAUUCUGUCAAAUUCUUACAAACAAGCUGUGCGGGUUGCCCUGUCGUUUGACUUCCCCUUUUACGGACAUUACCUGAGGCAGGUUACCAUAGCAACAGGAGGGUUUAUCUUCACGGGGGACAUAACUCACCGUAUGCUGACCACAACACAGUACAUCGCACCUCUAAUGGCUAACUUUGACCCCAGCCACUCCAAAGAAUCCACUGUGCAAUACCUGGAUAACGGUGAGGUGUUUGUGGUCCAGUGGGAGCGGGUGAGACUCUCCGGCAGGGAGUCAGAGGGGGCCUUCACCUUUCAGGCUGCGCUUCACAAAACAGGAACCAUCUCGUUCAGCUACAGAAACAUACCACAGUCAUUAGAUAGGAUUGGUUCAGCUGAGCAUCCGGUGAAGGUAGGCCUGUCUGAUGCCUUCAUGGUCUCAUCCAACUCUUCUCAAUCACCAGAGGCCCAGCGGCGGACCAUUUACGAGUACCACAGGGUUGAGAUAGACAGGACAAAGAUCACAAACCACUCUGCUGUUGAGUUCACUGCGCUGCCCACCUGCCUGCAGCAGGACAGCUGUGACCGCUGCCUCUCAUCCAACCAGACCUCAGGUUGCAGUUGGUGUCAUGUGCUCCAGAGGUGUUCAGAUGGCAUGGAUAGACACAGACAGGAAUGGUUGGACUACGCAUGUUCGGAAGAGAGCAAAGAUGCAACCUGUGAAGAUUACAACAGAGGCGAUAGCUCCUCUGUCACACCAGAACUCGAGGACGGGACAUUUUUGACUCCGCUACAAAAAGACUGUAAAAGCGAUGAUGAAACCAAACAUCAUAUAUUUAAGACAAGCAAUGAUGUGAAGCCAGAUUCUUCCACCUGGAGCGAAGCGUUUCCAAACACAGGAGUGAUAGCCGGUCUAGCAGCUGCUCUUGUGCUAGUCUUGGCUCUGAUACUUGUUGCUCUCUACAUCAACUGCCAUCCUGCUGUUGCGUCACCUCUUUACCUCAUCCAGCGACGCAAGAACUUCUGGCCUUCACUGAAGUUUCAGAAGCAGCAACCAGGCUACACAGAAGUGGAAGGAGAAGGACAUGAGAGAGACAGCAUUGUUGAAGCAGGGCCAUGAUGAAAGCAUGAAUACAGACCGGGG